AUAUUUUUUGAAAACAAUAGAAAAAAUUUUGAAAUUAUCGUAUCGAUUAUCUAAUUAUAAAUACCGAAGAAAUCUAAUACCUAUAUAACAUGUUAAAAUCAUUAAGAAAUAUAAUAAUCAGAAGAAAAAACGUAUCGAUAUGUAUGGAUUUACUCUUCACUUAUUACGUAAUAUAUACACACACUUUACAUACAUUUAGAAGUGGAUUAGUAAGCUCAUGAGAUGAAUCAACCGAUAAAUUCUAAGAAUAAACGUUUGUGGUACUAGGUUUGUGAAAUCUUCGUCAUCUUUCUCGUCGUAAAGGAAUAUUUAAUUUAAUUUAUUUACUUUCAUUGCAUCAAUUAUGAAAUCGAAGGAAUACACCGGUCUAGGUUGAAUGCUACUAGGAACAUGAUGACUUUGUCACGAGCACGUGCGUUAUAUUAUAUAUGUAUAUAUACAUAUCAUCAUUCUCUAAUUGUGCGAGAGAGAACGUAACCUUGAAACGGCCACCCUCGAAGCGCAAGUUCAGUCGCCGCGGGUGAAACUGACGUUUUUUUUCCCCCUCUGAGGUUUGCGUUCCCCUGUGCAUGCGUGCGUGCGUGCAUGCGUGCGUGCCUUCCUUGCUUGCUUACUUGCUUUCUUGUGUGUGUGUGUGUGUGUGUGUGUGUGUACGUCUGUAAGAAGUUACAACCGUAGAAGACGAUUUUUAAGUGCCAGAGGUUUUCCGGAAAAUGGAGAUUAAUUAUUAAUUCAAAAAAGAAAAGAAAGAGGAAAAAUGUUAUAUUGAACUUUAUUGUAUAUAUAGAUACGUAUAUAUAUAUACAUAUAUAUAUAUAUUUAGAAUCAAUCCUAUAAGAAGGUGAACGUUUAACGUAUAGACAAACGAUUGAAUGAAAGACUGGUUUAUAGGUUAUGUGAGUUUAAAGAAGGAUGAAUAGCAAUAAGAAAAUGUUAACCAAUAAUAUUUAGGGGUUUAAAGGGAAGAGGAUUAAUUUAUUAUUAUUAGCAAAGAUGGUGCAUCGUGUAGUGAUACCUAAACGUAACGUUAGAAUUUUGUUGAUCGGUGAACGUGGGGUUGGUAAGACAUCUUUGAUAUUGUCUCUUGUCAGCGAAGAAUAUGCUGAGGAUGUACCUAGCAAGGCAGAAGAAAUCACCAUMCCUGCCGAUGUCACUCCUGAACAAGUACCAACUCAUAUCGUUGAUUAUUCAGCUGCAGAACAAACGGAUGAUCAGUUAGCGGAAGAAAUACAAAAAGCUCAUGUAAUAUGCGUUGUUUAUUCUGUCGAAGAUGAAGAUACUCUUGACAAAGCUGCUACGUAUUGGUUGCCUCUCAUCAGACGAUGUUCUACUAGCAACCGAUGUCCAGUUGUUCUUGUUGGAAACAAAAUUGAUUUGGUUGAUUAUUCUACUAUAGAAGCUGUAUAUCCAAUAAUGAAAGAAUUUUCAGAAAUAGAAAGUUGUAUAGAGUGUUCGGCUAAAACAUUACAAAAUGUAUCAGAAACGUUUUAUUAUGCACAAAAAGCUGUAUUGCAUCCAACUACUCCUCUUUAUAAUUACGAUAUACAAGAGCUUACGGAAGAAUGUAAAACUGCUCUCCAAAGAAUUUUUAAGAUAUGCGAUUUAGACAAUGAUGGCCUGUUAAAUGACAUGGAAUUAAAUGCAUUUCAACAAUGGUGCUUUAAUACGCCUCUACAACCACAAGUUUUAGAAGAUGUUAAAGCAGUAUUAUCAAAAAAUAUUCAUGAUGGAAUUUGUAAUGGUUGUGUGACUAUGAAAGGUUUUAUGUAUCUCCAGUGCUUAUUUAUUCAACGUGGUAGAAACGAAACGACAUGGGCCGUAUUAAGGAAAUUUGGCUAUGAUAACGAAUUACAAAUGUCUAAGGAAUACAUACAUCCUCAAUUAAAAGUUCCUUCCGGUUGUACAACUGAGUUAUCACACAAGGGACAAGAAUUCUUAACGUUAUUAUUUAUGCAACAUGAUAGAGAUCGUGAUGGAGCUUUAUCCCCGCCAGAAGUAGAUUCAUUAUUUUCAAGGUGUUGGAGUCCGCCAUGGGGUGACGAAUAUAAGCAUACAGUGCCAACCAACGAGAAAGGUUGGAUUACUUUUCAAGGCUAUAUGUGUCAAUGGGCAUUAUUGACCAUUACGAAUGUUAAAAAAACAUUAGAAUAUAUGGCAUAUCUUGGAUAUAAUAUGUAUAAUAACGAAUGUCAAACAAGUGCUGUAGUAGUCACUCGUGAGAAAAAAUUAGAUCUAGCUAAGAAACAAUCAAGUCGAAACGUUUACACGUGUCACGUUAUUGGACAAAAGAAUAGUGGUAAGACAACUCUUUGCAGAAGUUUUGUCGACCCUAAAUUGGAGAAAUUAACGGAUGAAGUAAUACCUUUAACAACGCAUGUUACUGUCAAUACGGUUCACGUAUAUGGUCAAGAAAAGACAAUAAUUUUAAAGGAUAUUAAUAUAAUGAAUGUUCAGGAUGCUCUAACACCUACACAAAUACAAUGCGAUGCAGCAGCUCUUGUUUACGAUACAGCUAAUCCUAAAUCAUUUGAAUAUAUUGCACGAAUUUAUAUCAAAUAUUUCGCAGAUAGUAAAAUACCGGUAUUAAUAAUAGCUAAUAAAAGUGAUCUUGCCGAAGUUAAGCAAGAAUAUUUACUACAACCGGCAAGUUUUUGUAGUAAAUACAAGUUGAUGCCGCCACAACCUUAUAGUGUUUCUAGGGCUGUACGUAGAGAAAUAUUCGUCAAAUUGGCUACAAUGGCAGCAUUUCCCCGCUUUCAACCAGCGUGGGUAUUAUUUUAUAGACACAGCCCUUUAAGGCAUAUGGUCCACAUGUUGUUUGUCAAACCCUCACCCACUCAAUGGUGGAAUUCUUUUACAAGACAUUUAAACCAAUUUGGGCUGAUACAACAGGACUCUGUAGUUUGGUGGAAAGCCGGUUUGGGAAUUGCGGCAGCCACGGUUGCUGGGUUUAUGGUGAUGCGUGUCUUAAAGACAGAAAAAAGAUAGUCUACCAUAUGUUUUAUUUCGCACAUUUAACUGCCCCCUUUGUUCAAAAGAAAACCCAUCUCAGAGAACGCAUUAAGUUAAUAAAAUAUGUUCAUAAAUCAUUUAUUAUUGGUGUAAUUAAGAGGUUACUACUACUAUUACUAAUUCUAUUACUAUUACAAUGACUAUUAUCGCGCUGCAACACACAUUAUAUAUUACUUGUAUACAAUAGCUUUAUUUAAUCUUAUUCAGAAGAUUGUAAUCUGUUUAUUUAUUCGUUAGAUUAACAAUCUCCAUUGAUUAACUUUAAAUAGCAGAUCUGAAUUAUUAUCGAUUCUGUUUCUUCUUCUCUUAGUAAGUUAUAGAAAUAUCUUUUCCUUAAAAAAAGAAACAAAAAAAAAAAGAAAAAGAAAAAAACAAAACGGAACAAAAACAUUUAUAACAUUAAGCUUGCGAGCGAUGUUGACUGUAUCUUUUUUGACACUCGAACCAAGUAUUAUGGAAAGCUUUUACAAAUAUCAAGAUCUUUGUUCUUUGAAACGCACUCCAAAAAUUAUAGAAUUUCUAGCGAGAGUAUUUAUCUUCAAUUACAAUGGAAUAAUUUGAAGAUAAUGCUUCAGCUGAAUUCAUAAUUCACACAUUUGAACAAUGCAUUUUCGAUAACAUGUUUCUGCGUCAUUGACAACAACAAAAAGAAAAAGAAGAAGAAAAA